GGAAGGAUAUUUGUAAUGUGACACCGUUAAAGAAUAUGGCGGCCAAUGCGAAGUUUUAGAAAUAAGUUAUAUGUUUCAUGUAAUUGCAAAGAUUAUUAAGAAAAAUGCCUGCAAAGAGAAAGAGAGGGAAUACAGAAAGUAAAUCUGAGGAUCCAGAACGUUCACCAACACCAACUUCUGUCUCCUCCUGCAAGAAAAGGAAAAAAGAACUUCAAUAUGACCCUGGACAGGCUUCCACAUCACAAACAGAUGAUGUUGAUAUUGCUGAGAUUAUUCAGGAGUUGUUUGAGACUAUCAGGAACUACAAAUCUGAAGAAGGGAAACUACUCUGUGAAUCUUUUAUCAGAAUACCAAAACGAAGGACAAACCCUGAUUAUUAUGAGGUGGUUACACAACCCAUGGACAUGCUGAAAAUACAACAGAAAAUGAAGAUGGAUGAGUAUGAGGAGAUAGAACAACUGACAGCUGAUGUUGAACUCAUGGUGAACAAUGCUAGAGCUUAUUAUAAGAAAGGAUCACAGGAGUAUAUAGAUGCUACAGAUUUGUUAGAUCUAUAUUAUGAGAUACGUGAUGAGUUACUAGUGGAAACAUUUGGAGAUAACAAAAGUAUCAUGGAUGAUGAUGAUGAAGAUGAACCGGAUGAUAACAAUGUCUCUCUUGAACAGCUACAGUCAAAGAUAGCGAACAUUGUACAACAAGAAGGUGCCAAGAUGAAGGGAUUACCUCCUCCAGAUGUUGAUGAUGAAAAUGCUUGUGAUCCGGAGGACCUGGAGGCACUAUUUGCAGCUGUUGUAAAUGCCCAGGAUGGGGAACGUACCAUCAGUGAACCUUUCCAUCUCCUCCCAUAUAAAACACUGUACCCCAACUACUAUGAUGUUAUAAAGGAGCCAAUUGAUUUAAAGAUGAUUGCUAAGAAGAUUCAGGACAAUGAAUACAGAAGUUUUGAUGAGAUGGACAGAGAUAUAGGACUGAUGGUUCACAAUGCCAAAACAUUUAAUGAACCUAAAUCACUUAUAUAUAAGGAUGCCUGUACACUGAAGAAAGUAUUUGACUUAAAGAAGAAAGAGGUUGAGCAUAGGAAAUCUAAUGCUAAAUCCACAGAGAGACACAGGACUCGUGGCCACUACCAAAUGUUCAGAAACCCACCAGCACAAUACUAUCCUGAUUACUAUGAAGAGAUUAAGAAACCACUUUCUAUUAUAAAUGUUCAGAAAAAACUGAAGACUGGUGGUUAUGCUGGGUUAGAUGAUUUGUAUGCUGAUCUUAAUCUAGUGUUUGAGAAUGCUAAAAGAUACAAUGCUGAUGAGUCUAUUAUAUUUAAGGUAAAUGAUAUACACAGGUUUAUCAUAUAG